GCAUUGAUUUGGUCCAAGAUGAGUACAGGACUUCCCAUUGAGAUUACAUCUUCCAUGAAGAGCCAAAGUUAUACCUCAUUCUGUAGGCUGGAUAUUGAUAUUCACAAGAAUGUUCCUCACAUUCAUGUACAUGAAAAACGGGAAAACAAAGAAUGGUGGCAUGGUGCUGAAAUCCAGAUUGUUAUUGAAGGGAACUGGACAACCUACCGAUCCAAAAUAUUGCAUUAUAUGCGACAAAUGGCCGUCAUUACGCCGUAUGCACAAUUCCUUUUCCAAUUCAUAUCAGAUUCUCCAGAGAAAAACGUGAUAAUUAGGUUUGCUAGAAGAACGGACAUAAUGCCUCCAGUUCCUCUUGAGACCAAGUACCAUCCAUCAGCUGUGGAUAUACUUCUUAUCAAACGGCUUAUAACGGAGACAUCAAAACAGACCCUUCUGCAGUUCCUUCAGCAUGAAUUUGUAAACAUUGGGAAGUGUCAUGCAGAGCGUUUAAUCGGGGAGAUGGGUCCCGAUUUUAACCCUAAAAUGCCAGUUAAAUCUCUAACACCACAGCAAAUAGUUCGCAUCCAUCAGUUGUUUCGUCAAGCCAAAUUUGAUGAUCCCAGUGGUGAUAUUCUAAGUCCUGCUGGAGAAUAUAAUCUACGUCUUGGUAUUAUAAAAGAACUGCAUCCAGAUAUGGUUGCUACCUUUUCUGGAAGUGCUCAAGUAUUCGAAGGCCAUCCAUUUAUCGUGGAAGCUGGAGUUAGUGUUGGUGGGAAAGAUGUUAAACAAGGGCUGAAUAUAUUCCGAUUUGCUAAUCGGAUUCCGCUUCUUUUUGAGCAAGGUGCUGAUGUUGUUACCAGGACUGCUUUGAAGAGAAUCAAUUGGAACAGUUACAAGAUAAACCAGACACAAGACAAGAUUGGUGUCUUUGUCAGCAUCGUUAGCACCAAAAUUCCCUUCAAGGGGACUGGGAAGGAGUAUAUCGGAGAUGACAUAAGUGAGAUAGCUUCUGCUGUCAAGACAGCCAUUCAGCAGUGUUGCAAUCAGCUCAAAGCAAAGAUUGUAAAAAGGAUUCAGGCUCGUGAGCAGCAGGAAAGGAAGCGGAAUUUGAGCAAGUAUAUCCCUGAUUCUACUAAUGCUAUAUAUAUCGUCCUAAAAGAGAUGGCAAAUCUGCAUGCGUCAAAAAGGAAACGCUACGGGAAUGACGAAACAGACAUACUAAAACAAGUUUCAGUUAAUUCAAUAACGAAAGAUACAUUGAGAGAAAAGCUUGCUCAGCAUGUUGAAAAGGUGGACUAUGAAAUGGCCUUGGAGUAUGCCACACAGAGCGGAGUGAAUGAAGAACCCCGAGAAGACAUAUACAUAGAGUCACUGGAUGAAGAUAAGAACUUCAUCGACUUCAAAAGCCCCGUAUUUGUUUUCAGACUCUAUCACUAGUUAUUUUCUAGCUGGCUUGUCACAGGAAUGUGUUUUUUUCUGAUAUCAUUUUUCAUUGGUUUGUAUCAAUCUGAAUUAUAGAAAUUUAAAGGUGAACAAGGCCACGACAAUUAUGUGGUGACAUAGGGAGAGAUAAUGUUACUCAUUGCAACGAUGUUUACUGAAUCGUCGUCGCACAUUGUAAAUUUGAGGUCAAAGAUUCAUUUUCCCAUUCUCUGAGUAUGUUAGUGACGACUUUGUAGCUUAAAAGUUUGUCUUUAAGUACCAUUUGUAUGUUGGAAUAU